ACACAAAGAAAGAUGAAGCAUCAGCAUUGUGUCAUUAAACACAACAUCAUUAAAGAGUUCCUGGCCGAGUUUCUGGGGACCUUCAUACUGGUGUUGUUUGGCUGUGGCUCCGUCGCUCAGACCGUGUUAAGCCGAAACUCUCUCGGCGAGCCUCUGACCAUCCACAUUGGCUUCAGCAUCGGACUCAUGAUGGGAGUUUAUGUGUCUGGUGGUGUGUCAGGUGGCCACCUGAAUCCAGCCGUGUCUCUGGCCAUGGUGAUCUUAGGAAAGCUGAAGAUCUGGAAGUUACCCAUCUACGUCUUGGCACAGUUGCUGGGAGCGUUCGUAGGUGCUGCUGGAGUCUUUGGACUUUAUUACGACGCUUUUAUGGAUUUCACGAAUGGAAUACUGUCAGUGACGGGAAUUAAUGCCACAGGGCACAUAUUCGCAUCUUACCCUGGAAGACACCUGACGGUACUGGGAGGUUUUGUGGAUCAGGUGUUUGGCACGGGAACGCUGGUUCUAUGUAUUCUAGCGAUCACUGAUGGGGGAAAUAUGGGAGCCCCUAAAGGGGUGGAGCCUCUGGCUGUUGGUCUGAUUAUUCUGGGCAUCAGUGUCUCUAUGGGUCUGAACUGUGGUUACCCGCUGAACCCCGCACGAGAUCUGGGCCCACGACUCUUCACCGCUGUGGCGGGUUGGGGGACAGAGGUUUUCAGCACUGCAGAUUACUGGUGGUGGAUUCCAGUUGCCGGACCGCUGGUCGGGGGCGUGGCCGGAGCCGCAAUCUACUUCCUGUUGAUCGAGCUGCAUCACUCCAAACCCCAAGAAGAACCAGAUGAAGAGGAGGAAGAGGACGAGGAAGACAGCAGCCUAAAGGACAAAUAUGAGAUGAUCAACAUGUGUUAAACCUUUGAUAAAAACUUAAAGAAGAUACUCUUAACUCUCAUGUUUACAGUAAAAGUCUGUAGAAGUUAAUAAAAUACACGCUGAUAUUUGCAUCUUUUCUCUGCCGAAUGAUAUUAUUGUACUGAACUCAUUCUGAGUGAAAUAAUGGAGAAGUGCAUGUGAUUUAUUACCGACAAAAGGGAUAAAUCUGUAUAGAAGAGAAAUUCAGCAAACCGUAAAUGUUCAUAAUAACAAUCAAUUAUACUUUA